UAUUUACAUAAUAAAUGAUAACACUUUUUCUUUUUAGAUGAAUUAAAUUUAGUUAAAUAAUGUUUCAAAUCAGCUUAUACCAGAUUUUCAAAUAUUGACAUUUAAUUAAGCACGAUGAAUUAAUUUAGAUAUUAACAUUUUAAUUAUUUAAGUUGUUUAAUCUAGUAUGUCUGAAGAAAACACAGUCUUAGAAGGAUUUCUUUGUCCCAUUUGUAAAGUUGACUACGGUUUAGAUCUCAAACUAUUUUUGCAUUUUCAGGAAGCUCAUGGUGAAGAUCAGGAUCUAGUAAAAUCUUUUAAAGAUUUAUUUGGUAAAGCUAAAGAAAAAAUUAUGAAAAAUGAUAUUAUAAAAAAAGAAGAACGCAGAAAUACAUGGCUUCCCCAAGAUAUAGGAGAAACUAGAUCCCAUAACAAUUAUUUUAAAAUUUGUCGAAAUAAAUGGGUUGAACAUUUUGUAAUGAAAACUAAUAAAAUAAUUGUUAGACUUGAAAAACUACUGUCUAAAUUGCCCACUGAACCUAAUAAGCGGAAAAUUCAUGAACAAUGUGUGGUACAAUGGCUAGAUGGAACAGAUGUCAAACGUUGUCCAGAAUGCACUAGAUCAUUUAACAUUACACGACGGCAACAUCAUUGUAGAUUAUGUGGAUCAAUAAUUUGUAAUGAAUGCAGUUGUUUUUUACCACUUUCAAAAGCUUAUGAGGCAAUUAAUGAAGUUCCGAAUGAUUAUACAAUGAAUCUUACUAUUAGUUUUCGACUUUGUGUUCAUUGUGGUCAAGUAUUAGAAAACCGAGAACAAAUUAAGUAUCGUGACCAAAAACCUUCAAUCUGUGAUUAUUAUGAAAAAAUUAUGGAAUGUCGUAGCAAAAUAGAAAAUGAUCAACUUAUUAAAUUCUAUCAGAUUUAUAAUUUAUUGCAAGAAGGUGAUACCUCAAAAUUAUCAGAAGCAAACAUAAUUAGAAGUAAUAUAGUGAAAUUAGUUGAAACAAUUGAUGUCAUCAGUAAUAGAAUAUUAAAAUUGGAUACUGAUUCUCAAUCUUCAAAAGUAACUUCUAAAAAUAUAAAGCUAGCUAUGGUACAGUAUAUAAGAACUACAGUACUUUCGAUUCCUGCUUUACCUUCUUUGCAACAAGUUGAAGAAAUUGCAAAAAAAAAAAGAGAAACUUCAGAAUCUCAACUUCGAAAUAGCCAAGAAUUUUCACCAAGCAAUUUAAAACUGAAUUAUAAUUAUCCACAACAAACAUUAAAAAAAGACACUAGUAGGGUGACACUUGAAGAUGGUUGGAGUCCAAUCACAAGCUCUAACAUCAAUUCGGAGAAUCCAAUGAUAGAACAAAUGAAUAUAAUUAAGAAUUACAUUAAACAAGCAAAAGAAGCUUGUCGUUUUGAUGAUGUAGCUAGUCUUGAAAAAAAUUUGCAAGAGUUAAAUGAAGAAUAUUUUAGAUCACAAAAUUAAUUUUUAAUUUUUCAAAUAAAUUUUAUUAAAUAAUGCAAAUUGAUGAUAUUAUUUACACUUUUAUCACAAUAGAAAUAUAAAAUUAUAACUUAAUAAUCAAUGGUUACAUAUAUGUCUAAAUAUCAC